AUGGUCGUCCCAAUGAGAGCUCCUGAAGGGGCCUUAUUGGAAAUGGUCCACUUGGAUUCUGCUCGCGACAUGCUAGGUUACUACUCUUCGGUCUAUCCACCUCGAAUUCGCGGGAAGCUCCCUGUACGACUCUCCUACAGCAAAUAUCCCGUUCUCAACACAAUACCACCGAGUCAAGCAAUUACUGAGGCCAUUUCUUUAGCCAAUCAGCGCCAUGUGGACGUGGUGACUCCGCCGCACUGUGUUAUUUUGGCGCAAGUGGAGCAUGCACCUCCGUCAAUGCACUUCGGCUAUAGACAAUUUCAUCAGCUAUUCAAGGAUUUUGGUCGUAUCUUACGCAUAAUAUCUUUCCGAUCGGGACCUUGCCAAAAAGCUCUUGUGGAAUUUGAUGAACCAGUCUCUGCUGUGGUGGCAGUUAUGCAAGCUGAUGGUACAGUAUUUAAACCGGAUGACGGCCCCUCCGAUCUAAGAUGCACUAUCCGUGUGGAAUUGUCCCGACAGUCUUCAUUAGAAAUUAGGCAAGAAGAUGAAAAUUGUCGGGAUUUUACACGUGAAUCUACUCCACAUCGUCGAAUGUCGGAACCGGUUUACGCAUCACCAGGGAAUGGUGCUUUUCGUCCGUACCGUCAAAUGGAUCAUCCUAACUCAAUGGAGUCCAUGUCACCGAGUUGGUCAAAUGUGAACGUUUUGGACUUGGUCACUGAGGAUCGUUUGAACAACCUUGAUCCAAACACUUUGUCCGAACUAGCCAGUCGAAUGGUUAAACCGCUUCUUAAAGCUGCGCUUAUUGUUGGUGGUCAACAAUCCACGUUUCUGAAAUCACAGGCCGAAGUUCUGGAACACUUAUGCCCACAGAAUGUGCGCCCGAUGCUUCAACGUUCUCAACCAACACCUCUGCUGAGCGGGUUCUCCAGUUCCAGUCACUCAAUGUCUAUGCUAGAAGAACCAUCGAAGACUGCUCAAUCCUCGGUUGUCUACGUGACAAAUCUGAACCAAGAGGUGCGAUUGGUUACGUACUGUACUACCCUAUACAGGCGGGGUGUCGGAGACAUUUCCUUCAUCUUCACGUCUUCCAUGCAUAUAUGGCCGAAGUCGCCCGUAGACACCAGCUCCUAUUUUCGUUCGGGGGUUUAUGGAGAUGUUCAACGAAUCAAACUGAUGCACAGUCGGAAAGAUGCAGCAUUGAUCCAGUUCACCGAUGCUACGCAAGCCAAACGAGCUGUGAAAUAUUUAGACAGUGUACCUCUGUACGGGAAGGUAAUGCGGUGUUCACUCUCUAAGAAUGCUUCCGUCAAUAUUCCACCGGCUGGGAGUAAGGAUCCUGCGACUGGAGAUGAAAUUUCCGCGGCCAACAACCGUGUGUACACAGACAGUCGUUUGCAUCGUUUUCGCAAUGCCAGUUCACGUAGCCUGCAGAACAUAUGCCCUCCAAGCCGUGUGCUGUACGUGUCCCAGUUGAGCGAUCAAGUUAGUGAGGAAGAUCUGAUCGAUGUGUUCUCGCGUAUAAGCGGUCAUGAGCCAGAAGUAGUAAAAUUGGUUCGAAUUGCAAAACCAAUGGCGCUGGUGCAGAUGAAAAAUUUGGAAGAAGCGGUAGCCGCUCUCGUGGCGCUGGAUGACUACGAGAUUGACGACAACACGCGUAUUCGAGUUUGCUUCAGCAAGUCGCCCAUACGUCAGUGA